AUGCAUGACGUGCAGCAAAUGAGAAGCGACAGAGAUGGCGACAUUCUCGAACUACGCCAAAUUCCCCCUUUCGACAAAUCGACCGGGCCAGACUCAGGCCAUGACAGGUCGGACCCUGGAUCCAGCGGUUACACAAGCAUUCAAGCUUCUCAGUUUAGCCUGGGAAAUGGAUGGGAAGGGAGUAAUGGAUCCGGUACUCCCCAUGUGUACGCAAGUCCAAGUACAAGCUCGGGGAUCAAUAGAAUAUAUGGCAAUUUGCCCGAUCCGCAGGGGACGGAGAGGCCAAAAUCUACCCGGAAUUCCCACACAGAGCAAAAGGCUUCAAAUGCAAAAAGUUGGUCCCUAGGUCUCGGGAAGAAUCGCUUUAGUAGGGAGGUACCCUGGUCAGGAGUUAGAGAUCACCUAGCACUCGAACGGACCUUUCUUGGAUGGCUGCGCACCAGCGGUGCUUUCGCCAUGACGGGCGUUUUGUUGGCGCAAAUAUCCGUUAUCGUCCACAAGAAUGAGGAAGAGGCCAUGAAACUCGGGCUAGUUGUCGAAGACUCUCCCUCUGAAAUGCCAUCAAUCCAUGAUACUGCUCGGACAUUGUCUGCUCUCACAGUGGGAAUUGCCAUUGUAACGAUGUCUAUCGGAGUGUUAAGAUUUUACUUUGGGCAGAAGGCACUGAUAGAAGGACUUGCUGUUUCUGGUGGUUGGCCAAUAGUCGGACUGGCUGUAUUUGUGCUUGGAUACCUCUUGACUGUUUUGCUUUUAAUGGUCAUUUCGUCGGAUCCGUAA